UCCAUAGUAGGCUUGGUAAUUCCGCUCUCCGCGCCCGUCAGCUGCGAGGAAGACAGUCACACAGUCAGACCGUCGGAAGUUUGAGGGAGAUGGGCUGAAAGGCCAACACUGACGGACAACACACUGCUAAACACCAGUUUCACAGUUGCUUAUGAGUUUGGUAAUGCACAGCUUUAGAAAUGCCGUACGUAGAUCGUCAGAAUCGAAAUUGUGGCUUUCUAGACAUCGAGGAAGUAGAGAACAGCGGCAAGUUUCUACGCCGCUACUUUAUCCUGGACACACAGGAGGGCAGCCUGGUCUGGUACAUGGAUAACCCCCAGAAUCUUCCAGAAGGAACAUCCGAUGUUGGCUCCCUCAAAUUAAAGUAUAUAUCCAAGGUUAGUGAUGCCACCAAACAGAGACCAAAGGCAGAGUUCUGCUUCGUCAUCAAUGCUGGAAUGAGGAAGUAUUUUCUUCAAGCAAAUGAUAAGCAGGAUCUAGUGGAUUGGGUGAGCGUGCUGAACAAUGCCACCAAAAUCACAGUGCCAAAGUCAGGUGAGCAGAUGCCUCAUACAGCAGACGUGGUUCCGGACACAUUGGGUGCCACGAAACAAAUGUCCUACAAAACAGAGAUUGUUGCAGGAGUGCCUAUCAUCACCGCCACACAGGAGAAAGGUGAAGCUCUGAACGGAGCUGACAAAAGCGGGGCGAGGAAAACUCCAGGUGUGCUGCCAUUUUACCUGAGUCGCUGUAACCAGGACGCAAUGGUGAUCAAAGCUGGAUAUUGUGUUAAACAGGGGGCUGUGAUGAAAACUUGGAAGAGGAGAUACUUCAUACUGGAUAACAAUAACCUUAGCUACUUUAAAUCAGAAACGGAACGAGAGGCACUACGACUUAUCUCGCUGAAUGAUGUCAAAAAGGUGCAGGAGUGUAAGCAAAGGGAUGUGAUGAUGAGAGACAAUCUUUUUGAACUGGUUACUACCUCAAGAACUUUUUAUAUUCAGUCGGACAGCCCAGAAGACAUGCAUGGCUGGAUCAAGGCUAUCUCUGGGGCCAUAGUGGCCCAACGUGGCCCUGGACGUUCGGCAGCCUCUAUGCGUCAGGCCAGACGUCUCUCGAACCCUUGUAUACAGAGGUAUACAUCCUGCAAUGGUGAAUGCGGCACGAGCAUUUCGAAUCCCCCGCCAUCGUCAUCGAACCAAGUUUCCCAGACCCUUGCGCACCCGUCCCCACCGAACUCCAUUACCCAGAAUGCCGCUCUGCCUCGGGCCCUCAGCAUGGCGUGGGAGGGGCCAGACCUCAGCAACCUGCUAAAGGGGACACGAUCGCGUUUGUCGCUCCAGGAGUCGUCCCAAAUGUUCUUCAAGUAGAUGUAGAUUCUUCAUCUCCAUGGCAACCGCGAAGCAGCGCUAAAGAGCCUUCAAACUGCUCCUUGGAUGAAGAUUUGCAGAUUACAGAGAUUUAAGAAUUUACUUGCAAAGAAAUAAGAGUGUGCUUUUCAAACAACAAAAACUUUCACAACAAAAUCAAUACAGGAGAAGAGUUUAGAGUUCUCUCAUCACCUACAAACAUCUGACCAAACUGCACAUUAUUAUAGAUUCCUAAACCAUUAAGAAGCCAAAUGUUGGGUUUACAGAAGACUGUGAUUAAGACUUAUAUUUUUGUCCCAGACUUAAAGCAAUACAAAAGAGUUUUUGCUCUUUGCUCCCCCUACAGGUUGGAAGCGGAAUUGUCCAUUA